AUGCCGCCCAAGUACGACCGGCGAGCACAGACACAGCGUACCGAAAGCCGAUCCAACCUAGUUGGCAAGUUCACAACAUCCGUAAAGAAGUUCGUCCAGGAUGUCGAGUUCGAUCACACCCGCGAGGGAGCCGUGCAGACGAGCGAGAGGCUGUUCAUGGCCCAGGCCAAGGUGAGCGAGUCCUACCAGACGGUCAAGUGUGCCCUCAUCAGGCUCCACGAGAGGUACGAGGCCUCCAAGCCCGAAAGGAACAUCGUCCGACGCUACGCCCUCUUCAAGGCGAUGGUGAAGGACGUGACCUGCCUGGACACCCAGUACUGGGUGCUGCUGGAGCUGCCGCGCCAGGAGAAGCAGGAGCAGGUGAACGCGUACGUGCUGCGCGCCUGUGCCACGCUCGAGAAGGCCUCUGAGUCCAGGACGCAGGACGCCACCGCCAGGGCGCAGGCCGACGAGGAGGCCCGGGAACGAAAGCAGAGGCUGGACAGCAUGUCGGUGCAAGAGAUCGAGGACGAGAACGCCCAGUACAUCAACGACCUGUACCGGUUGCUGAAGAAGUACAGCAACCUGCGGGGCAUCGUGCACGGCCUGCAGAUCGCCUACACGGACGCCAAGGUGUACCCGUUCAUCCCGCGGUACAACAUGCUCAAGGAUAUGAUCAAAUGCGUGCUACGGGACCCCAGCUACAUGGAGGUCUGUCACGAGGAUAUCUCCAGGACCUAG